UGUGGUCCUGGUACGAAGACAUACAAAUUACAAACAAUCAUUGUUAAUCAGAGAGCGUAUAUUGCAUAAUAUCAACUCCUUCAAAACAAAAGCUAAUUAAAAAAAAAAAAAAACCUUCUUCAUUCUCCUCCUCUACCCCCUCCAAGUGAAGAAUUGAACCGGGAUUUUAAACCAGAACACAACCUUGCUUUUUUGUUGGUUAUAUGCUGACUGAUAAUUCAACAAGCAAAUGAUCAGACUAAAUUUCCACUGCUCUGUAAUUCCAAGAGCAAGACAAACCACACCGUGCAGCAACCAUGGCUCAUUCAUCAUCCAAAAUCUCAGAGCUUCAAAACUUUGUCAACGGGUUUCCAUCAAGGUUAAGGCCAUAAAAGGUGAGAUGAAUGGAGAAACAAGUGGAUCUUCAGGAAGUAGCUGGGACCCUGGGUUGGAAAUUGAAGUCCCUUUCGAGCAAAGGCCGGUAAAUGAGUACUCAUCUCUCAAGGACGGAAUGCUGUAUUCAUGGGGUGAACUGGGUCCAGGGUCAUUCUUCCUUCGCCUUGGAGGUCUAUGGUUGGCAGUGUUCACAGUGCUUGGAGCGCCAAUUUCAGCAGCAAGCUUUAAUCCUUCUAGAGAGCCUCUGAGAUUUAUACUAGCUGCUGGAACAGGAACACUCUUCAUUGUGUCUUUGAUCGUCUUGAGGAUUUAUCUGGGGUGGAGCUAUGUUGGUGAUAGACUCCUGUCUGCAGUCAUUCCUUAUGAAGAAAGUGGCUGGUAUGAUGGACAGAUGUGGGUCAAGCCGCCCGAGAUCCUAGCUCGUGAUAGAUUGUUGGGCUCUUACAAGGUUAAACCAGUCGUUAGACUACUGAAGCAAACGCUAGUUGGGACUGGAGCAUUACUUGUUACUGGAGUUAUGCUAUUUAUCUUUGCUACACCAGUCGAGAACUUUUUUCAUUCCACCUUUACCACAGAAGAAAAUAAAUCAACCGCCCAAGUUGCCAAGGUCAACACAAAGUUCAACCUAAGAAAAGAGGAGUUGCUUAAAUUGCCUGAAGAGGUGAGAGCUGACGACGAUCUUGCAGCUGCUGCUGCGGAGGCUGCUGAUGGAAGGCCAGUCUACUGUAGAGAUAGGUUUUAUCGAGCAUUAGCAGGAGGCCAGUACUGCAAAUGGGAGGAUCUGCUCAAGUAAAGGACAAAAAGAAGGCACACAUGAUUUCAUAUAGUAAAAGCAGUUUAUCAUUUGUUACAACUUGUAACUCUAUGGCCAAAGCUUUAUUCUAUUAGUUAAGAAAACCAUUCAACGCAAUCAAUGUAAAAGCAAAACAACUCCUGAAAUAGAUAGUGAAGAAACACAACAAAAGAUCACAUGGAUCAAUAACAAAAUUAUAUGACAUAUAGGAAAAAAAAAAGAUGAUCCACUAUAUAGACGGAUUAUAGAUACACAGGUAGACAUGCAAUAUGCAAUGCAAGUUCCAUAUACGUGUUAGGACUAAAGUCUACACAAGCAGGACAUUUGUGCAGUGAAACCACCGGUUUUCAUAA